CGCUGAGCUCCGUGGCUUUGGCUCAAACAUUUUAAACCCAAUUUUUUUCCUCACUUUUUGAAAGGGUUUCAUUUUUUGCUUUUUCCUCUCCUUAAGCCAUGUCUCCCGCCACAGAGGAGGACGAAACCCUAGCUUCCGAUCCCAUCUCCUCCUCCGAGCCCGACAAAGCCCUAGCUCCGGAGGAGGCCGCGGGAGCUCAAAACCCUCGCGGCAAUGGCGAUUCUUCGAGCGCGGGGCCCUCCGGCGGGGAAGAGGAGGGCUCCGAGCAAACCCUAGCUCGCGCGGACGAGUUGUUCGAGAAGGGGUCGAGGGCGAUUGAGGACGGGGAGUUCCUCGACGCCGUGGAUUACCUCAGCCGUGCCCUAGAGAUCAGGGUUGCCCAUUAUGGAGACCUUGCUCCGGAAUGUGCCAGUGCAUAUUAUAAGUAUGGUUGUGCUCUACUCUGCAAGGCUCAAGAGGAAAGCGAUCCAUUGGUUGUGCCUAAGAAUAUAACAAAUCCAGAAAAUGCCAAAUCUUCUACAAACAUGGAUGCUAGUGGGAGUUCGAAUGCUUCUGCUGGUGAUGCAAAAGAAGAUGUUGAAAAUAUGGAAGGUGAAGGAGGCGGUAGUGGCGAUGAUGAAAGUGAAGGGGAUGAUGGAGAGGCAGCAGAAGCAGAUGAAGAUGAAUCUGAUUUGGAUCUGUCCUGGAAGUUGCUAGAUAUUGCUAGGGCUAUUGUUGAGAAGAGCCCAGAAGACACUAUGGAGAAAGUCAAUAUCUGGGCUGCUCUUGGAGAGGUUUCUAUGGAAAGAGAGGACAUUGAGGCUUCCCUCAACGACUACAAGAAAGCUCUAUCCAUACUGGAAUGUUUGGUUGAGCCAGACCAUCGCCGGAUUGUUGAAUUAAACUUCAGAAUAUGCUUGGUUUUAGAGCUGGAUUUGAAGAUUGGAGAAGCCAUACCCUAUUGUAGAAAGGCUAUCUCGCUGUGUAAGUCCCGCUUACAGCGCCUUAAAGAGGAUGCAACCAAGGCAGAUGCUACAUCCAGCUCAAAUACGAGUGGUGAUCUACCUCCUGUCGAGAAGGGUUCUGGAAGAAAAUCCAGUCUGGAAGAUGAGAUAGAGUUGCUCAGUGGCUUUUUAUCUGAGCUUGAGAAGAAGCUCGAAGACCUGGAGCAAACCACGACGAACCCACGUUCUGUCGUAUCGGAAGUCAUGCAAAUGCUUGCCUCUAAGCCAUCCGGUGAAAAGAACCCGCCUAGCACCAGCAGUGCGGGCGUCCGAUCAGCAUCACUAACUUCUUCGCAGGUGGGUGUCGUCAGCAACGGUUUCGACUCCCCAACGGUUUCCACUGCUGCUACGGAUGGUAGUGCUGUCACUCACUUAGGUGUUGUCGGAAGAGGAAUUAAACGUGCUGUUGUCAAGCCAAUCAGCGCUGAACCGCCGUCCAAGAAGCCUGCUAUGGCUACGGAUUCAGUUGCUGAGAAAACUGGUGAUGCUGGUGCUUCUGAAGCCGUUGGGUCGGCUUCUGCUUCGCAAGAUGCCGAGCCUCUUUUGAAGUAACUGCACUUCUUUUAAAGUUUAUCGUCUAGGGUUUAACCCCGUUCUCGAAACUGAGUGUCUUUUACAGUAUUUGAGUACGUUUCAACUGAGUAGGAUCUUUAAUGUUGCCUUUUUCUGUAACGUACUGAAGACAUAUUGUAGAAUACUUUUGCGUUUCUCUGUGCUUGUUAUUGUCGGCUUUUCUCUGCAUGAAA